GGAGAAGAGGAGCCGCAGGAGCUGUUGGUGUUUGGAUAUAGCUGCAAAUUAUUUCGAGAUGAUGACAAGGCGAAAAUGAUUGAUCAAGGAAAGCAUUUGAUACCAUGGAUGGGCGAUAGCACGUUGAAAAUAGACAGAAGAACGAUGUCAAUCGAAACUGAGCAAAGUGCAGCAGUUGAAAAAAAAAAUUCAACGACGAACGGUUAACGUAUGGAUAAGCAAUCUGGAGACUGUUUAAGGUUUCUGCAGGUGUCUUGACUGCGAACAGGCGGUGUGGAAGCGCGUGUAUUAUGCGCUUUACACGGCCAUAGAGCAACGUGCUCUCAUCACGUUGGUGUUUUGUGGCUGACCGACGGCGCAGCAGCAAGGUGAGACACAGCGUAGAGAGACAAACGGCAGCUGACGAUUGUAGGUACUAUAAUCGUUCAGCAUGGUAUGUAUUUUAGCAUUCUAGAAUCGGGUGUAUCUACGUAGAGGCACAACGCGAUUCCUCUUGUAUGCCUCUGCUUCUGGAUGCUCAAUAUAAGCAAUUACUCAUUCGCGAAGCAAGAGAGACUCUCUCAGUUCUUGAUGUUACUCGUUGUCCGUCUAAUGAAAGCUAGUAAUAUAUAAUGAUUGAAACAAUUUUCUGUACAAACUUCGUAGUGCAAAUUCCCGCGAUAUCUAUAUCUAAGUCUAUAUCUAAGUAGUAACAUUCGGAAGAAUGGAGCAUUCAAGGUUGAAGCAUUGUUACCGUUUGUUAUUGUUUGUUAUCUUGUAAAAGAAAAAAAAAAAAAAAAAUGGUAUAAACGGGAACGAAUGUGGUAUAAUUGUAUUCUAUUUCAGAGAAAUUUGACUCAAACAGGGUUUGCCUCGUGACAUAUAAUUUUCAGAUGCCGCAAUCAAGCAAAUUGCUAUCCUAAAACAAAUAACAUCUCUUCCACCUUUAAAUCGAUUUAUGUAUGUGUAUAGGUACGAUGGACGCGGUGCUCUGGGGGACUUACGGAUAUACGAAUCACCGACAGGUGGGUUUGAUCAACGAACGAUCCUGACUGAAGAUGAACUGAAAGUGGAGCAAUUAUGUGAUGAAGAACGGUAUCGAUCUCUUUACAACAAUGAAACAGAAGAUGCUAUGCAUCAUGAGGAGGAAAUGAAAAGGCUACAUCAGGCUCUGGAUUCGGAGAACACAUACAGUCAAGUAGCGUACGACUAUAAUGAGGAGGGAAACGGAUCGAAAAUCACGUGUGAAGAUUCACAAAGUCCAAAACGAUCUGAGGGUUCCCAGGAAGAGGAUCAGGCCUUCAUUCCACCACCUGAUCUAGAAAUCCCACAGGGUAUUCCAUUGCCGGAAACGCAAAAAUUGAAUGCCAUCAUAACGAAAACGGCGCUAUUUAUAAGUCGUCAAGGCGGCCAAAUGGAGAUUCUGAUUAAAGCGAAGCAGGCGAAUAAUCCACAAUUUUCCUUCUUGUCGAUAGACGGACGGCUAUAUCAAUAUUAUAGAUAUAUACUGGAUGCGAUCAAGACUGGAAAGUAUAAUCCUGAAAAGCAGCCGGAGAAAGAAGAAUCCGAACAUGAAGAUGGAUCAUCCGAUCAAGACGAUGAACCGUACCUUCAUCCAAGCUUGGCGUCGUCGUUGACUAAAAUAGAAGCGGCUCCCAGUAUUCCAAGUAUACAGUACAAACCAUCAGCGGAUUGUGCUUAUUCGAUGCUUGUAAAUAAAAUAACCGGGAAACCGCCGCCUUCGAAAGCGCCACUGCAACAUCCUGAGACCACAGUUCCAUCAGCCACUAAUACAGGAUAUUAUCAUCCUGUGCCAGGACAGAAUUAUAACCCUUACUCAACCUCAGUUACUGCGAUGACUGCAACAGGAACGGCGACAACAGCUGCCACACCUGUACAAUACUCCCAUGGUCCAGUAAUAUACGGACCAAACGGACAGAUACAAUCAUCAUUACAAAUUACUGCAGCGAACGUACUAUCAUCUACGAAUGAAAUGGUGACGACACAGGUUGCGAUGAAUGAAUCACAACCGUCACUGGUACCGUACGGAACUACAUCUCAGAAACAAUUGAGUAGGCCUUCAUUUAUCGUUCCACCAGCGGAUGUACAAAUAAUUAUUGAUAAAAUGGCAAGCUAUGUGGCAAAAAAUGGUAGAGAUUUCGAAGCGAUAGUGAAAAAUAAAGGGGAUCCGAGGUUUAAUUUUCUUGAACUGUCACAUCAAUAUCACGGCUACUACGCGCACAAGUUGACAAUAUACGAAGGCGCAGUAAAUCCGAAAGUGCUAACAGAGGAAGAGUUAUUACAGAAACAAAAGCCACAGGAAGAAAAGCAAAAGAAGUUGGAAGAAUUACAGAAAAAGCAACAAAGAAUGGAGGAAGUGCAAAAGAGAGUAAAGAUGAUACAAGCGAAAAAGAAAUGCGAGCCAAAGUUGAAAGAAACGGCAACUGCGACAUCGACAACGACCACGGCGAUGAGCACGAAUGCGGAAGGUGUGAAACAAGUAACGACGGUUUCCUUUUCAAUAAAAAAACCAAAGGACGGAGAUACCGGAGUAAUUGAAAAGCGAAAUGCACUGCCACUGGAAGAGAGCGACGAUGAAAUGGAGGGCGAGAGCAAAGACGGAAAUUCAAAACCGAGCUCGCCGCAAGAGUCAAACGAACAAAGUUCGCUCUCUAGUGUCGGAAUUCCGGUUGACAAAGAUGGUGGAGUCUGGAAAUCGGAGAAAAAAUGGAAGAACGAGGAUAAGGAGCUGGUAGAUCUAACGGACGAGAUUCUAGAAGACUGUCAAAAAGAGAUUAGGCACAAGCAAGCCGAAGAUAGAAUCAAGGAUAAGCUAGUUGCUGCAGCGCGUGACAAACUAGCAGCAACUUCGAGAGAGAGGCAACUCCAGUUGGAACGAAAGAAGAAAGCGGCAGCGUUUUUGAGUCAAAUACAGAGUUCUAGUUUACCGAAAGGUAGCGGUACAAUGGCAACUGCCGCGAAUCAGAUAGGAACGAGGAAAGACGACUCGGACGAAGUGCAUUCCGUCCCAUCGCCAUCUCCCUCGCCGUCGAUGGACGACGCAAAGUCAUCUUGCGAUUCGAGAACUACCGGUGGAAACUCUUUGAUGGACAGGCUAAAGAGUGCAGACUUGACCGGCAAAAGGUCUAGACCGCGAUCGAGGAGUCCAAGCGGAAGUCGAAGUUACACAGACAGACAAAAAUUUCACAAGAAACAUAAAAAGAAGAAAAGCUCUCACAGAAGCAACCACGACAGUCCGAGCAGUUCUCGAUCACACAGAUCCAAGAAAAGCAAGAAGUCUUCGUCCAAACAUAGGUCUCCGUCACGAACACCGUCUCGAAGACACCAUCACAGUACACGACGGAAGGGAAGCAACUCCUCAUACUCGGAGUCAAGUUCAUCCUGAAAAUGUAUUACCAUAUUCGUGUACAAUUACCUUGUGCACGUACACACAUACGCUACAUGCGCACGCUAAACACGCGUCUAUAUACGUACACGCAUACGAAAAAAUAUACGUAUGUGCACGUAGUUUCGUGCGUAUAUCGUUAAUUAAAGUGUCGACGAUAAUUUUAAUACAACUUUUGUCCAAGGAGAAAUAAAAACAAGAAAAGAUUGAGGAAUAAAAAGAAGUUUUACCAAGAUUGUA